GGCCUGACACUCUCUGUGUGGCUCAGGGCGGUGAAUAGAGUGCGCCGGCUGUGUGGGGAACACAAGAUUUAGUGAGAUGUGCUGCUGCCUGGGCUUUCUCUUUACCCCUCUCUCCACUCCCUUCAUUGUUGCCCUGAUCACCGUGGGGAUUUCCGCUUUCAUCUAUGUCCUGACAAAACCAAAACCGGUCUUUCCACCCAUCGACCUGAACAAACAGUCUGUCGGAACUCAGGGCGGUGCGCGAAGAUGCGCUUUGCUGAAGGAUGACAAACUCAUGUCUUAUUAUUAUGAAGACGGAAAAACCUUAUAUGAAAUCUUCAUGAGAGGGAUCCGUGUUUCCGGAAAUGGCAACUGUUUGGGCUGGAGGAGACCGAACCAACCUUACGAAUGGAUGACUUACAGACAGGUAGCGGACAGAGCUGAAUAUUUGGGAUCUGGACUUUUACAGAAAGGAUGUAAGCCUUCACCCGAUCAGUUUAUUGGGAUCUUCUCACAGAAUCGACCAGAGGCCGUCAUAGCAGAGCUGGCUUGUUAUACGUACUCCAUGGCCAUCGUUCCGCUGUACGACACCCUGGGAGCAGAAGCCAUUGUUUAUAUUGUUAACAGAGCUGACUUGUCAGUGGUAAUCUGUGACAAAUCGGACAAGGCUCGCAUCCUGCUGGACAACUGCGAGAAAGGCCUGACGCCUGGGAUCACAACAGUCAUCCUGAUGGAGGCGUUCGAAGACGAACUGAAGGAUAAGGCUGUGAAAUGUAACAUUGACAUUUUAUUGAUGAAAGACGUUGAGUUCCUGGGUAAAGAACAUUUUAAAAAGCCUGUGCCACCGAAACCAGACGACCUGUGUGUGGUGUGUUUUACCAGUGGAACUACAGGUGACCCUAAAGGAGCCAUGCUGACCCAUGAAAAUGUGGUAGCAGACACAGCCAGCUUGCUAAAAAACACAGAGAGCACAUUUGCUCCCGUGGCGUCUGAUAUAACCAUUUCUUACCUACCGAUGGCGCACAUGUUUGAGAGAGUGGUGCAGGCCGUCAUCUUCUGCUCUGGAGCCAAGGUGGGAUUUUUUCAAGGUGAUGUGCGGUUACUGACAGAGGACAUGAAAACUCUGAGGCCAACUGUGUUUCCAACUGUUCCAAGGCUGCUCAACAGGAUUUACGACAAGAUACAAAGUGGAGCACAGACACCUUUCAAGAAACACCUCUUGGAAUUUGCCGCAGCGAGGAAGUUUUCAGAAGUAAAAAAUGGUAUUAUCAGGAACGACAGCAUCUGGGACAAAUUUAUAUUUAAGAAAGUCCAGGAUACAAUGGGCGGCCGUGUCCGGAUAAUGGUGACUGCUGCAGCUCCCAUUUCAGAAAAUGUUCUGUCUUUCCUCAGAGCCGCGUUGGGCUGUCAAAUAUUUGAAGCUUAUGGUCAGACUGAGUGUGGGGCGGGAUGUACGUUUUCUACGCCAGGAGACUGGACAGCCGGUCAUGUUGGUGCUCCGCUGCCGUGUAAUCUGGUGAAAUUAGUCGAUGUCGUCGAUAUGAACUACUUUGCAUCCAAUGGAGAAGGAGAGGUCUGCAUCAAAGGGCCUAAUGUUUUUAAAGGUUAUCUGAAGGAUCCAGAGAAGACGGCAGAAGCUCUAGAUGACGAUAAAUGGCUUCAUACUGGAGAUAUCGGAAAAUGGCUGCCGAAUGGAACCCUGAAAAUAAUUGACAGGAAAAAGAAUAUUUUUAAGCUGGCACAGGGAGAAUACAUUGCUCCGGAGAAGAUUGAGAACGUGUACGUGAGGAGCGCGCCCGUGGCCCAGGUCUUUGUACACGGAGACAGUUUAAAGGCGUGUCUUGUUGGCGUUGUGAUUCCCGACAACGAGGUUCUGCCUGAUUUUGCGUCUAAACACGGACUGAAAGGAUCGUACGAAGAGCUAUGCAAGAACGAGGUCAUGAAGAAAGCCAUUCUGGACGACAUGGUUAAAGUUGGAAAACAAGCUGGUCUCAAGUCAUUUGAACAGGUUAAGGAUAUCUAUGUCCAUUCUGAAAUGUUCACUGUUGAGAAUGGUUUCCUGACGCCUACGCUGAAAGCCAAGAGAGCCGAGGUUGCCAAAUAUUUCCGCAGUCAAAUAGACGACUUAUACACAAAACUACAGGAAUAAAGAGAACAGUUUUACUGAACAGCUUUUAGCCAGAAUGCGGCAUCAUGGUCAUACACGCAGUCAGAUGUUAUUUUACGAGCCGCGUGCACAUGAGGAAAGAGCGUAAGGCUGGACGGCUGAGCAACGUUUUUACCAGCAGAACUAAUUUAGCCGCUUUCCGAGUAGAAGACUAUGAUGUACCUGUGAUUCAGAAAACAAAAUGAAAUGACGUGCCCCAUCUGGUGGCAUUGAGGGGAUGUUUUUGGAAGUCACUGUAUGUGUAUCUAGAAGAGGAAUAAUGAAAUAAAAGUUUUUAUAAUUUAUAGAAGGGACCAGUAA